AUGCUUCGCACGUCCUAUCUUCUCCGACCAACCGGGCAUGAUGGCGCUGCCGCAGCCGCUCCCACGGAGCAGUUGAGCGACGUCUACUUGUGCGCGUCUUCACCCCCGGUGAUCGAGGAAUGGGUGGGAUGGCCUGACGCGCCAUGCGUGAUGGCUGGCAGCAUACGGUACUUCAUCGACCCUCGCGGCGCGCUGUCACCGUGCGCGCCUGCGGAGUCAUCGACGCCGCGCGCCGGUGGCACGAAGGUGCCGCGCACUGCUGAGGCGAAGUCAUCACCGAACUCACCACCGGAGCUGUCCAGCGCCGUCCCCCUCGACGGGCUUUGCCGCGCGUACGAGGCAGCAGACGGGCGCAGUGGGAGCGCCUUCCUGCAGGUGUACUCUGUUGGAGCUCACGGUUUACUUUCUCCAGAGGCCAAGGCCGUGAUAACUGGGUGCACCAUGGCGGCGCUGCGGUCGCGACUGUCGCACCUGCUGGGCCUCCUGCCGCACGAGCGAUUGAACGGGGCCGAUUCCGCCUUGGGCAUGAGCGCUGUGGCAGUACUGAAUCGGUACUGUCGCGCGACUGCUGCCCUGCCACCGCCGUCGCCGAGUGCAAUGCAGCCUCGAUGCGGCACCGACACAGAUGGCGGUGGCAUGCGCGGUCGAGGCUGGGUGGUCACAUGGGCAUUGGAGCUUGUUCUCUGUGUGGCUGCUUCGCGCAUCGUCGCUGGGCCACCGCUGGCCACCGCGUGCCCGCCACUGUGCGUGAGCGACUGCGGGGACGUCAUAAUGGCCUCGUUGCACUUUGGCCUCGGUGUACGGCUGCAGCGCGACGCUGUUGCCCACCACGACGAGAGAACGAUCGCAUCUUCCACACCACUCACAUCAGCUGCCGAGAGGUGCCCGCGCUACGCUGCCCUGUCUGUACAGCUCACCGAGUGCACACCGGCAUCCUCGCACCCGCUGGAUGUCCGCUGCGCUGUCGAUGUCACGAGGGUGAUCUACGUGAACCAUAUUCGCUCUGCGCAAGCGCACGCUGAGGACGGCACGGACGCAUUCCAGCGACUCGCGCGGUGUGAAGGUGGAGUCAGCGAUCCGCUGUCAGUGGCAACGGCACGAGAUGCCUGGGCAGAGGCGCUGCAGUCUUAUCAAGCCAGCGCCAUCGCUUCGCAGGGGGGCGUGCUGUUUGUGCUGACGCACGACCUGUCAGUGCAGUCUGGGCCGGCCGCCCUUCUCCCCUUGACAGUGCGCGAGGAGCGAAGUCGCUCUCACGCCGCCGAGAUGUCGCACGACGUGGCCUUUCCGCCGGCUCUGCGCGACCACGUCCUCGCCUCCGUCCGUGUGCGGAGCGCGCCAGUGUACUUCAACCACAUUCUUCUGUGCCAAGCGUGGUCUUCGGAUGACGUGGUAGCUGAGGCCCACGCACGCCACUGGGCAGAGAAGCUUGCGAACGAUGGCGCUCUGGCGCCUGCUCGCGUUGCCGUGGAGUGGAGGGCGUCUCUGCUCGUUUCAAGGGCAAAGGGAGGUGCGGCCGUUACCUCGGAUGCCGGUGGGAGCCAGACGCUGGCGCCUACCCCGCUGCAGUGGGUUCUGUACACUGCGCGCCGUCAGCUCGUCGUUGCCGUUGCUAAUCGGUCGCAAGUCGUGCUAACAGGCCGGCGACGGGGGCUCGACCGUACGGCUGCAGAGGCGACUACCAAGGCUGCUCAGUUUUCGCCGUCUGCGCUCCGGGCAUUGGCGGAGCAGUGCGUCAAGGCGCUGCCCGUCGCACGUGGACUGCUGGGCUGGCACUGUCCGUGGCCUGUGCCAUCGUGCCUGCAGAACACUGACACCUGCACCGCAAUUCCGUCCGCCGCUGCAGUUGAAGAGGUGCUGUGGACGCUGCGCAUGUUGGGCAAACUGCGAUGGAGGGCGGCACAGCUGUACGAGGCGGCUGGCGACUCGGCCGAGCAGCACCGGCAGCUGCGCGCACUGCGAGCCGAUGUGCAGCGCUGGUCAUCGCGUCGCCGUGCGCGAACGUUGGCGGCUGAUGGCACUACCCUAGCAUGUGAAGCGACUGCGUGGACGCCGACCGUGGAAGAUGUUGUGUGCCACGUAGAUGACGGCGACUGGGGCGCGCUGACCAAGGAGCUAUCGAGCAUGUUGCCACCCGCGUAA